AUGGGACGCACCGAAAAAUCCCAGGGUCUAGCGCCACCCGCCGUACGCAAAGAUAUCCGAGCCAAGCAGGCGCGGCAUAUCGUGAAUAAAGUUGUCCCAGCAAUCUUGGCGUCAAAUGCAAGAGCUAGAAGAGGCGCAGAUGGGAGUGAGCUUAUUUCGAACCCAGGGCCAAUCGGAGUGGUAGAGCAUGACAGUAAGAAUAGGGAUGGAGCACGUGAGGAGGCUGGUGAAGAGACGGGGUACGUGAAGAGGAAGGGGCAAGGGAGACGCAAAGCCAGAAGUGCGAGGGAUGUUGAGGAAGAAGAGCAGGAUGUAAAGAGUGGUGGAAAGAAUGGUGAUGUAGGGAAGGGUGUCGGCCAAGGACGAGGAACGGGAAGAGGCAAGAAACGAAACGAUUCUCUCGAUGAAGGGUUAUCAAACCUCAAAUUGAAGAAUACUGUUACAUCGCCAGCUAGUCCGCCUAAGCAACAGCGCAGUAUUCGUAUAGUAGCGACGGAUAGCCUCACCGCUGCACACAUGCUCGCACACCCCUCGCUGUACCACGACACUACAACUCCCACAUCGAAGCAGACGUCCAAAAAACAACCAAAUCCUUGUAUCCUAAACAUGGCCUCCCCCCUCCGUCCAGGCGGCGGCCUCCUGACAGGCGCUACCUCUGCCGAAGAAUCCCUCUGCGCACGCACAACACUGCUUCCUUCACUCAAGGAAUCCUACUACCGCCUCCCAGAAUACGGUGGCAUCUACACACAAGACGUAAUCGUCUUCCGCUCCGCCCUCCCCCUCGGCGACAGUACCGGUGAACUUCCUCCCACUGAACGAUGGUACGUUGACGUUAUCAGUGCGGGGAUGUUACGUUUCCCUGAACUGGAGGGGGAAGAAGACGAAGAGAAGAGGCUAGGUAAGAAGGAUAGGGAGGUUGUUGAAGCGAAGAUUCGGGCUGUGCUGAGAAUUGCGGCACAAAAGGGGGUGAGAGGAUUAGUAUUGGGGGCUUGGGGCGUUGGAGCCUAUGGAAAUCCAGUAAAAGAUAUUGCCGAGGCGUUUGCAAAGGUUUUGGGUGCUGCUUCUUCGACGUCAACGUCCGCUGCAAAGAAAAAUAGCAAGUCGCCGUCGAUGGGCACCGAGACGUUUCCGGCCUUCGAACACAUCAUCUUUGCGAUUCCCAAUCGUAAAGUUGCCAGCGAUUUUGCAGCAGCGUUUGACAGCAACAUCCGAGUUGAAGACGGUCCCGGCACUUCUGCCAACGAUGGCGACGAUGAAGAUGACCAAGAGGACAAAGUGGCGGAAGAGUUGAGGAGCAAGAUCCAGGAGAUGGAGGGUCAAAUUAGUAAGGUUUGGAAUCCAGAUUUGAAGGCGAGGCUGGGUUCUAUAUUGGAAGGCUUGAGAGUGCAAUUGAAGGAGAGAGAGGGUAUGCCUGGGAUGAGUAGUGUUGAUGGUGAUGAUGAUGGGGAUGAAGUAGAGGGAGCAGAUGAGGGCGAGGAUGACAGUGAGGAAGAAGAUGACGAGGCAGAAAACGAAGUCAGCGAAGAUGAAGACAAAGUCCACUCGUACGGGAGUAGUGAAACCGGCCGUUUCAAGCCGAACCCUCGCGGCUGA